AUGUCCGAUCCUCAGCUAUUCGAAGACACCUUCACGAUCACCGCCAUCAACUCGCAGAAAUAUGACCGUGUGUCGCGCAUCAGCUGCACCUCUACGGAUAACCUCACCACCUUCACGCUCGACGUGAACACGGAGCUGUACCCCUGCCAGGUGGGCGAGACGAUCUCGAUGGCGCUGGCGUCGACGCUGUCGCUCGACGGCAAGGAUGAGAACGCGACGGCUUCCGGGAAGGUCGGCUGGAGAGAGGUCGGUAUGGGAGAGCAGACGCUCGCCAACGAAUACGACUACGUUUGCCACGGGAAGGUAUACCGUUUCGAGGAGGGGUCAACUGCUGGCAACAUCAAGCUCGUGCCUUUGAGGAUCGACUACGUCUAUCUACUCCUGAAGAAAUAG